CAGCGGCGUUGCAGGGUGCGGGGUCGGGCAGAGGGCAGAGGGCAGUCCCUGGGGGUGGAGAGCGCCUCCUUUGGGCCAUGGCGGCGGCUGGGGAUCCCGGCCAGCAGCGGGCGGAGGAGGUGGCGGCGGUGGUAGUGGUGGGCUCCUGCAUGACCGACCUGGUCAGUCUCACUUCUCGUUUGCCAAAAACUGGAGAAACCAUCCACGGACAUAAGUUUUUUAUUGGCUUUGGAGGGAAAGGUGCCAACCAGUGUGUCCAAGCUGCCAGGCUUGGAGCAAAGACAUCCAUGGUAUGCAAGGUUGGCAAAGAUUCUUUUGGCAGUGACUAUAUAGAAAACUUAAAACAGAACGAUAUUUCUACAGAAUUUACAUAUCAGACUCAAGAUGCUGCUACAGGAACUGCUUCUAUAAUUGUCAAUAACGAAGGCCAGAAUAUCAUCAUUAUAGUGGCUGGAGCAAAUUUACUUUUGAAUACUGAAGACCUGAAGAAAGCAGCUACGACCAUUAACAAAGCCAAAGUCAUGAUCUGCCAGUUAGAAAUAAUUCCAGAAAUAUCUUUGGAAGCCCUGACGAUGGCCCACAGCAAUGGAGUGAAAACAUUGUUCAAUCCAGCUCCUGCUAUUGCUGACCUGGACCCUCGCUUCUACACACUUUCAGAUGUGUUCUGCUGCAAUGAAACUGAGGCUGAGAUCCUAACUGGCCUGGCAGUCGGCAGCCCUGCAGACGCUGGGAAGGCUGCGCUGGUGCUCAUGGAGAGGGGCUGCCAUGUGGUCAUCGUCACCUUAGGUGCUGAAGGAUGCGUGAUGCUGUCACAGACAGAACCUGUCCCAAAGCACAUUCCCACUGAGAAAGUCAAGCCUGUGGAUACCACGGGUGCUGGUGACAGUUUCGUGGGGGCUUUGGCCUUCUACCUGGCUUACUACCCACAUCUGUCCUUGGAAGAAAUGCUCAAGAGAUCCAAUUUCAUCGCUGCAGUCAGCGUCCAGGCUGCAGGAACACAGUCAUCUUAUCCAUACAAAAAAGACCUGCCACUUGAUCUGUUUUGAUUACUACUAACCCUAAAAUAAACAUACCUGGAAAUAAAAUGUACUUGGGGGAGGGAGGUGGCUCCUCUUAGCCAGCAGCUUACUAUAAAAUACCCUCUUCUCCUUUAUUUGCAAAUAUGUUGAUUUAUGAAGUCAUCCUCCAGCUUUCACUUAUUCUUUUAUAAUGAUGAUUUCUUUGCUUUUUAUGUAUUUGCAAGAGCCAACCAAAAUUAAGAUCCCAUGCCCGGGAACUAUACAAACAUUAGCACCAGCAGGAACCAGCAAACUCACUAGCCAACAGAUUAUGAACACUGUGUGUCCACCAUAGAUCAAGGGUUGUGGAUAACAAUAUCUAGAGUCGGAGCAGAGAAUGUUAAAUAAAGGGGGCACAUGGACUGUUCAAGCAGUCCCUAAGAGGGACAGCUGAUACUCAGCCUUAGUGUUGCCAAAGCUUGUUUUGCCAGGGAAGCCAGAAGCUUGGAUGUUCAUUGAAAUUUUAUCAAUGUUUGUAUCAGCAAUUGAUUUUUUUAAAAACGUAAACACCACCUGUGGGCCACAUUAAGCUCAUGUGCUGAAGGGACGAAUCAUUUGUUAAGCCAGAUUUUAAGCUGUUGUUUUGCUUUGUUUUUAAUGGUGAUUCCUGUGUGUCACAGACCCUUUGUGUCAGGCUUGCCCAGGAUCAGGUGAACAAUUUUUCUUGUAACCCAGUAUCAUAUAUAUAGUUUCAACCAAAAAAAAAAAAAGCGAAGAUCUCACCUAUUAUUACUUUGAGGCAGAGUUUUAACAAAAGAUGCCAGAAAAUAGCUAAUGGACUAUAAUACCACAAGCCCCCUGAAAGUCAACAACUGUCUACAUCUAAUUCCAACUUCAGAAAGGCAAAGCCAUUCUUACGUAUCCUCCAUAGACAGGGUGGGCCACAGGGAGGGAACACUGGUUUCCUCAUGCUUGGGGUCAUGGUGAGCACACCAUCAGUCUUCUACAUAAAUGCUUUAAAUGGUGUAGGAUAUGAACCAGCACAACUCAAAACAGAAGCUGAUCCUUCUUAUAUUCAAUCAGAAAUGUGAUCAGAAGAAAAUUGGGAUGCCUGGGUGGCUCAGCAGUAAGCGCCUGCCUUCAGCUCAGGGUGUGAUCCUGGAGUCCCGGAUUGAGUCCCACAUCAGGCUCCCUGUAUGGAGCCUGCUUCUCCCUCUGCCUAGGUCUCUGCCUCUCCGUCUCAUGAAUAAAAAAAUCUUUAAAAGAAGAAAACUGAAUAAUUCUGAAAAUCUGUAGUAAACAAUAGCUUGAGAAAGUAUAUGGAUCUGGGUAGGGCAGUCUUACUUUACGUGAACAUUAGGGAUUAUCAGUGGAAUUUCCAUGUUGGUUAGCUGUGUGGUACCAUGCUGCAGAAGUCCUAGCUGUGUCUCUAUGGAAAUACUAUAGUUCUUUAAAAAAAAAAAAAAAAAAAAAAAGGAAA